AUGUUUUGGUUUACUCUCUCACUCUUAGCUCUCUUGCAAAUUGUUGCUGCAAUAAAUAGCACUACCUACAGCGAAGUAGCAAGACUCAUUCAACAGCACGGUGAAGGCCGAGAAAAUCUAGACGUGGUUGGCCUGCGUCCUCCAUUACCCAGCGACAAGUUCAACAACAACUACAUAGAAAUUCCAGAGAUCAUAGAUAACGCAGUUCAUGAGGAACAAUUUCCACCAGCCGGCAGACUGCCUCCAGGGGCUCAGUGGAAUGAAGAAGGGCAGUACUGGGGAUAUCAGCAUUCACCUCCCCGAAGAGUUGCCUGGAAUGAAGCUACUUGUGUUCCACCGUACUGCAUUCCAGCUAUGUGCUCGGAUACAGGUACGGGACCUCUGUGUCCCCAAAACUGCGUAACUGAAAACUGCAGUGUCGGAUGUUUUCCUUUUUGCAUUGGCGGGUCCCAGUGUAUUGGUAGAAUCUGUCAUUGUGACGCCUUCCGAAGGCAAUCUGCAUGCAACCUAAUUAGGUCUUCAGACUGCCAGAAUUUCUUUGGUCUCUCCUGUGCAUUCGGGUGCUUCAAGCCAGCAACAGAUAUUCCACCAUCUGGUUGCGACUGCUUAAUUCCGUUUUACGUGCGUCUCCAGCCUAUGUGUGCCACAGAAAGUUUGCUUGCAUGUCCCAAUAACUGCUCAAACCACGGAAUUUGUGAUCACAAGACUGGCCAAUGCAUGUGUAAUCCUGGCUUUACCGGUCCCAGCUGCUCUUCAAAGGAUUACUGUUUCAACAGUCUCGAACUACCUCCCUGUGAAUAUGGAUGCAUUUCACUAAAUAACAGCCGUCUGUGUACUUGUCCAGAGACAUUAGUUCUUCAACCUGAUGGAGUCAGCUGUGGUAAUCCCUGUCCUCCAGGUCUAACUGGACCACAAUGCUCUUAUGACAUUGAUGAGUGUCUAACAGGAAUCCACGAAUGCGAGUAUUAUUGUGUCAAUACAUUUGGCUCGUAUGCAUGCAGAUGUCUUCCAGGCAUGACUCUAAACCCUCGCGACAACCGGACAUGUAUCGGACGAACCUGUGAUCCUCCAUGUUUACCUGAACAAGGGGAAUGUAUCACAGGUGGGGUGUGCAAGUGUCGACCCGGAUUUCAGGGUCCCAGCUGUGAGUUUGACGUGGACGAAUGCGCUAUAGGGACUAGUGGAUGUAAUCACGACUGCAUCAACACCUUUGGUUCAUUCCGAUGUCUUUGUAGACCGGGCUACGAGCUGGAUUCUCGGGAUAACAAGACUUGUAUUGAGAAAGAAUGCUCUCCUCGUUGCACACCAGGACAGGGUGAGUGCGUAGAAGGAAGAUGCCAAUGCAAAGAUGGCUUCGAAGGUAGGACCUGCGAAAACGACAUAGACGAGUGUGCUGCCGGUGUCCACAACUGUCAAGAUCGGUGUGUAAACACCUACGGUUCAUUCCGUUGUGAAUGCCGAUAUGGCUAUAUGUUAGACAAUCGUGACAAUCGCUCCUGCAUUCCUCGAGACUGCAUUCCACAAUGCUAUCUCGGUCAAGGUGUUUGCGUUGAGGGCCAGUGUCAAUGCACUCAAGGCUUCCGAGGGGUAGCGUGUGAACGUGACGUAAAUGAAUGCCAAGAAGGAUUCCAUAAUUGUGAGCAACGAUGCAUCAACAAUCAUGGUUCUUUCGAAUGUGCUUGCUACGAAGGGUACAGACCUUUGCCUACUGAUCCCAGUCGCUGCGAACGAAUCAAGUGUGAGCCGGAGUGUGUUCCGGGUCAAGGCGUGUGCAACGGCGGAAUUUGUCAAUGUCGAGAAGGCUUUACAGGACGAUUCUGUGAAAGAGAUGUGGAUGAAUGUCGUGAGGGGCUACACAACUGUGAGCAGGAGUGCGUGAAUCUCCCUGGAUCUUUUCAGUGCAGAUGUUAUGAGGGUUAUCGACCAUCACCCCAUAAUCCAAACCAUUGUGAACCUCUCACAUGUAGCCCGGAAUGCGUUAAGGGACAAGGCUAUUGCCGCAACGGUAUCUGUGAAUGCCACCGGGGCUACACGGGAAAAGCUUGCGAACGAGAUGUUGACGAAUGCUAUGAAGGAAUACAUGACUGUCAGCAGAGAUGCAUUAAUACCCAGGGAUCCUACCAGUGCACUUGUGAUGAAGGCUACCAUCCUGUUCCUUCAGAUCCUCGCCUUUGUGAGCCCAUCCGUUGUGAACUCGGUUGUGUCCCCGGCCAAGGACAAUGCAUUCAAGGUGUAUGUGAAUGUAAGGAAGGGUUUACAGGAGUGGCGUGUGAAAAGGAUGUGGACGAGUGUCGUGAAAAUCGCCACCGUUGCGAACACAGCUGUGUAAACACUCACGGAUCCUAUGAGUGCACUUGCAGCCAAGGUUAUCAGCCCUCCCCGUAUGAUCCACGACGUUGUGAACCACUUCGUUGCGAGCCCGAUUGCGUGCCGGGCCAGGGAGCGUGUUACAACGGUGUCUGCCAAUGCAAUCCGGGUUUCACAGGAAAAUCCUGUGAAGAGGAUGUCGAUGAGUGCAAGCUAAGAAUCAAUGAAUGUGAUCACACAUGUGUCAACACGUUCGGCAGCUACGAGUGCAGAUGUGAUCCAGGCUAUGAGCUUUCUUUGAAUGACUCUCACAAAUGUGCUCCUGGUGAUUGCAUGACUAACUGCGUUCCAGGUAAAGGUGACUGCGACAAGUACGGCCGUUGUAUCUGCCGCCCUGGUUAUGAAGGUCCCUACUGUCAGCACGAGGCUGAUUUAUGUUCAACGGGCCAUCAUGAAUGCGAGCAUAUAUGCGUUAGUCUGCCGGGAAAACGCCAUCUCUGUCGGUGCUACUCUGGCUAUAUCCCCGAUCCCAAGAAUCCCAACCGUUGCAUCGAAUUCGGGUGUCAGCCGCCUUGUGAAAUUGGUCAAGGAGAGUGUGACAUGGAGACGAAAACGUGUAAAUGCAAUUCCGGAUUUGAAGGGAAGAGAUGUGAACGCAACAUAAAUGAAUGUGCGGUGGAUAAUGGUGGGUGUUCGAAUUUAUGUGUAGACACACACGGUUCUUACCACUGCGAAUGCUCCCUUGGUAUGCAUCUCGCGCCCAAUAGCACCACCAUCUGUGUAAAUGAUGAGCUUUGUGAUCCACCCUGUUGGUUGGGUCGCGGCGUUUGCGUGGCUGCGAAUACCUGCAAAUGCAAUGACGGAUUCGCUGGGAAGUACUGUGAAAUCAUUCAAAAUGCGUGCAAAGCGUUUAGACCCUGUGAACAGGAAUGUGUCAAUUUAGGAGGUGAAACGUACGAGUGCAGAUGCCGGACAGGUUACGUACCAGCUCAGCCCAACAACGCAACCGCAUGUAAACCCAGUUGCCAAGUUGGGGAAAACUGUAUCCAUGGUCGAUGCGUGGUUGGUCAGUGCGUUUGUCAGCCAGGAUUUGCUGGUGAACGGUGUGACAGGGACAUUGAUGAGUGCAGCGGAGAAGCAGGUAUCCAAGUCAUGUGCGAACAGCGCUGUCUCAACACCCCAGGGUGGUAUGAGUGCCAAUGUGAGUCAGGCUAUGAGCUCCAGCCAGAUGGAUUUUCAUGUCGCAGAGUUGACAAUGGGAACAAAUGCCCCGGUGGAUGUCUGAACGGAGGUGUUUGUGUCAGCAGAUGCCAAUGUCCGCCUGGAUUUCGUGGUACGCGUUGCGAAGAUGUUGUCGACGUUUGUAGAGAGGAGGAGCCAUGCGAUCAGGUGUGCUACAGUAAGCCGAGUUUAUCGCCUUCCGUUAACAGACUUUGUCACUCUUUUCGCCUUGCUUUUGUUGGUCUAACACCUGCUGAAACACGCAUAUGCUUGUUGAAGGACGGGGGCUACCUGUGCGCCUGUCACGAGGGCUACGAGCUGAAUCCAAACGGUAGGACAUGUAGUCCUUCGGAGGCCUGUGAUCCGCCCUGUGUCGGCAAAGCACAGUGCCUACGCGGUCGAUGUAUCUGUCCGGCCGGCUUUCAGGGCCCCCGCUGUGAUGCGGACAUCGAUGAGUGUGCGAUGCCUGCCUACGUCCAUGGCUGCGCUCACGGCUGUAGAAACGUUCAUGGCUCCUACGAAUGCAUCUGCCCGCCCGGAUAUACACAAAUGCCUGACAAGAGAACCUGCAUUAUGCGGUUGUCACUUAGACGAUUCCUUGGUUGCUUUCAUAUAAUGCCACGUAUCAUCGUACCAUACAUGUUUUGCGACAAGUAUUGCCCAUCUGUGUACAACAUGCCGGAUUUCUCCCGCUGUUUAUAUCCUCAGGAAGGAGUUUACUACUCAAAGCCAAAUUUUCGGUAG